UCCGGUUCAAAGUUUGAGGAGUUCAAGGUGUCCUUCCCAUCUUUAAUCAGUGGUCUUUCCACACGUGUUUUCUCAGGCAUUAAUCUGUCUGUAACGGGUAACUGAAACUCGGGGCUUAUCAAACCUUUGUAUUUUCUUAGCUAGUCAAAUUUACCAAACGAUAACCAUGCUAAAGUCUCUUUCCCAAGCGGUGAGUACUGCAGUUCGAAUUUCAACAACCACAAUGUUUUCGGCCCGAGCUCUCCAGCCUCUUACGAGAUCGACAUUAUGUUCUCCAAACUCGGGAACAGUCCGACCUUUCACCCGGUCUCUCUGGAUGAUGAGCCAAAACGGGGCAGCAUCGGGAUACAGACCAAAACUCUUCAGUUCAAAAGGAUUGAUUCCUGUGUCGUGUGGCUGUGGAUCACUACAUACAGAAGGAGACAAAGCCUUUGCAGAUUUCCUUUCGGAUGAAAUCAAAGAAGAGAAGAAGAUCCAGAAAAGCAAUACUCUUCCCAAGAUGUCUGGAGGGUGGGAGCUACAGCAAAACGGCACAGAAGCCAAACUCAUCAGGACAAUUUCUGGAGAAAAAGUGACCAUCACAUUCAACGUCAACAACAGUAUUCCCCCUAACUUUGAAGAGGAGGCUGAACAAGCACAGGCACAGAAGUCUGCAGAGAAUGAGCCAGAUAUUGUGUCAUCACCUAACUUCGUUGUCGAGGUGACGAAACAGGCGGCAAAACAUUCCUUGGUGUUUGACUGCCAUUAUCCUGAAGAUGAGGCUAAAUUAAUUUUCCAGGCAAGCCAUGGUGAAGGGGAAGAGGAGAGUGAUAUUUUUGCCAUCCGUGAGGUCAGCUUCCAGCCUGAGGGAGAUGUAGAGUGGAAGGAGACCGCCUACACACUCAACACAGACUCUCUGGACUGGGCCCUGUAUGACCAUCUCAUGGACUUCCUGGCUGACCGGGGGGUUGACAACACGUUUGCUGAUGAACUGAUCAAGCUGAGCACUGCCAUGGAACAUCACGAAUACAUCAAGUUCCUGGAGGACCUCAGUGGUUUUGUGAAAUGCAGUUAAUGUAUAGAUAGAAUAGAUUCAACAAGCUAAGUAUAAAUAGAUUCAACAAGCUAAGUAUAAAUAGAUUCAACAAGCCAAACUAAUUUCAGUAAGACACCAUCCCCCUCUAGAUUGAAAAUGCAAACAAAUGGAAAGUGUUUAAUUUUGAGGGAAAGUAUAGGCAGUGAUUGAAGUCAUUGCCCAGUCUGGGCACGUCAGUUAUCAUUGAGACUGUUGUAUGUGAAGUUUCUCCCGCUUUGAACAAUAAUUUAAUAUUGAACUACUGCUUUCCUGCAAAUGUGUCAGUGUUGUAAAUGCUUCUAUGUCUGAAAAUAACAUUAAUAUAUGAAGGCUGUCAGUGUCAUUUGUCAACAUUAUGGAAUAAUGUCAUUCACCACAAGUCACUAUAUGACAAAAUAAAAUGUUUCAUGAGUG